CGAUGGCGACGCGGUGGCGGACGAUGGCGAGCGAUGUUCUGUGGUGCGCGCUGGCCGUAUGGGUGUCUGUCGCGCUUUCCGGCCGCGUCCAGGCAGAGGUCUCGGGCGCGGCAGCGGCGGAGGGCACAGCAGCAGCGGCGGAGGGCACAGCGGCAGCGGGCGAGGUCACAGCGGAGGUCACUGCAACAGUGAUAGCAGCGGUUGGCUGCAUAGAAGACACACAUGCAGAGACGAAGACGAGUCCUGGCCAGCCCUGUCGGUGUCAGCACGACUGUAGCUUAAAGCAGAACCUCCACUGCAUCGAUGGGGUCUGCGUAUGUACUUCAGACAGCAUCAUGGUCAACCAGACGUGUCUUCCGAGGCAACACUGGCAGCAGCCGUGCACCUCGUCGGCCCAGUGCGUGGACCCGCACCAGUCCUGCUACCGGGCUGACUGCACGGACCUCCAGCGUCCGUGCCUGGAGCCGCCUCUGCUCUGCGGCUGUCGGGCCGGGUACCGGCCACCGGCGCAGCGCUCACAGGACCCAGCCUUCACCUGCCGUCCGCAGCAGAACGAUGUCGGCGUGCUGGGUUCCCACUGCGAUACUGUGGCCGAUUGCAACUGGCAGAUCCGGCACGUCACCUGUUACGAGGGCGUCUGUCGCUGCCAAAGCCCCUACAGCAACGAGGUCGGGGACACACUGUGCGCGGAGCCUGUCGGGGCGUGGAACACAGCGAUAACCGCGUCGGCCAUCGUUGUCAUUGUUGCUGCGCUGGCCCUGUUGACGGUCUGGAUCUUUAAGACGUGCUCUAGGUCGAGGGAGCACAGGGUGAGGAGGGUGUUCGACAUCAGCGGAGCAGACCUGCGCGAUCAGCUGCCGCCAUAUGUGGCCGUCGUCAGCAGCAAGACGUCACCACGGAGCAGCGCAGCACCAUCGGCGCUGAGCUGUGCCGACAACGCCGGUUUCGUGACCUGCGAGCUGAAUGCUGUUGCCGUGAAGGGCGGAGCGAAGGCGGGCCCGGCCCCCCGCUCGUCGUGGAGGGCAGGCGGGGCUCGGCACCCGGCCGCGUCCGCCGUCGGUCCAGACCGGCACACCUGACUCCUCUGAACGCCCGGCGACGCGCCAGAUCUGCCGCUGGAUCUGCCGUCAGGCCUGCGCUGGAUCUGCCGUCGGAUCUCCCGUCGGACCUGCGUUGGAUCUGGCGUCGGAUCUGCAGGUCUGUGGCGGAUGGUCCCCCGCUCGGUGAUGGUCACUGGUGCACCCGCAUCCACAGCCCCGACGCUGUUGGUGUGUUUGCGCUAGCGAUAUUUCAUGGGUGCCUGGCAGUUGCGAUCUUGCCUGCGUGAGGCGACAAAUCCACACCCGUCUCGCCGGUUAUUAUCAAUGUUGGAAGAAAACCGCGUUUAAAUGAUGACGCGUUUCUCUCGGCUGUGUUUUGUCAUACGCAUUCAACACUGAGAGUUGAGACGCUCGCCGUCAGCGGUCAAGAGGGUGGUUCAAUGCGAUGAAAUAUGUCCCUCGUUCAGCGAUGCUUGCCUUUGAGUGUAUGAUCGGCACGUCAUCAACAGCUGGGCUCUGCAAGCCGCGGCAGUGCAGCCGGAUUCCGAGUUUAGUCAGCUCGUGUUACCAUGUGUUGAAGUAUCGUGGCAUUCGUGGCUUCCCGACGCUUACCGCUGGUCCCCCCGGCUACCGUGGUGAUGAUGUCAGAACAGUUGACGACCAAUGAUAGACGAAGAUGCGAAGGAUGUGGUGUACGAAUUCGUGGAGUCGCUCCGAAGUCAGCGUCUGCAUUACCCCAUGUUCGGCCAUCCUACGUAAAUAUUGGCAGCCGUUGUCUGGUCACUGAGAAGAAAGAAGGUUUUUGCAUUGGCUAAAGCUGUGGAUAACAAAACACAGACAAAUGAACGUGACACUAGGCCCGGCUGUCCUCUAGCCGGCUAGCCAAAAACCAUUCCUAUUGAUCUGACCAAGAAGCUAUCGUUAUGUGCUGCGAAGCUAGUGAAAAAAUAAACAAACCGUAGGAUGCUGGCAACACCGUGAAUGCUUCAGGUCGAAAGCAGUAACUUCACAGGGCUUAUAUCUAUAAUGACUCAAGUGCCGUGGCAUGACCUGAAUAUUGCAAUGUGGGUGGCUGUACCCGAAGCCAUCAAAGCCAGUGCAGUUUGAGACCUUUGCUGCUAUAGAUCAAUUACGACGCGAUCAGCUGCUGGGGCGAUGCGGCGGCGUCUGGUUCUCACUCCGGCUGGAAAAGCGGGCACCGGGGGGAUCCGGUGUCAUGCAUUCCUUGGCAGUGGAUUAGGAUUUUGACCUCCGAGAAGGUGUUAAAAACCACCCAUGUGUCGUUACAUCGGUAGGAAAGAGGUAUCUUGUCGCACGCUUCCACCGUAAUGAGCGAGUAUGAAAUGUGGCAACAUUUGAACAGUG